AUGUCCUGCUACGACCUGUGUUCUCCCACCUCCUGUGGCCCAACCCCUCUGGCCAACAGCUGCAACGAGCCCUGUGUCAGGCAGUGCCAGGACUCCACGUACGUGAUCCAACCCUCUCCCGUGGUGGUGACCCUGCCUGGCCCCAUCCUCAGCUCCUUCCCCCAAAAUACCACCGUGGGAUCCUCAGCCUCUGCAGCUGUUGGAAGUGCUCUCAGUGCUGGAGGUGUCCCCAUCAACUCUGGUAGCUCCUUGGGCUUGGGGAGCCUUGGCUACCCAGGCCUGGGCAGUGGGUACAGUCGGCCCAACCGGCGCUACAGCUCCUACCGCAGCGGCUUCUACGGGCCCUGCUAG